CUAUCUUUUCCAAAUUUCAAAUUUGACUUUCAAAUUAUUUUUCUAUUUUAAAUUACCUUUAAAUUUAAAUUAUUUAUUAUGCAAUUCAUGCCGCUAAUAGCGUAAAAUCGUUCUUGAUACGUACAAGUAUUUUAAGAGGUCGGAAAACUCAAAAAACACGCGCUAGUACAACGCUAUUUAUCACCGGGUUUUACUCUACAACGUUCAAUAAUCACGGCUGAGUACUGACCAUGUCCAAAGAAAUUGAUGUUCUGGUAAUCGGGUCUUGUAUGACCGAUUUGAUUGCUUACACCGAAAGACUACCCAGAAUCGGAGAAACCAUUCACGGUCAAAAGUUCAGCAUCGGUUUUGGCGGUAAAGGCGCGAAUCAAUGCAUCGCUGCCGCAAAACUCGGAGCACACGCCGCUCUAGUUGCCAAGUUAGGAAAUGAUUCUUUUGGCACGAGUUAUAUGCAGCAUUUGAAAGAUGAAAAAAUCGACGUGUCUUGUGUUCGAGUCGUCGACUGCAUGAGUGGCGUGGCUCAAAUUUGCGUCGACAAAAGCGGCGAAAACAAUAUCAUAAUUAUUGCCGGCGCAAACGACACGUUGAACUUGAACGAUGUUAUCGAAGCGAAACAUCAAAUUGAAAAAUCCAAAGUGGUUAUGUUUCAAUUCGAAACUCCUUUGGAAACCACAGUCAAAGCUUUAGAAUUGUGUAAAACGCACCACUGUACUACGAUUGUGAAUGCCGCUCCAGCGGCGUCCGAAUUAGACCAAAGAAUUUUCCAUUUAUCAGAUGUAUUUUGCGCCAACGAGACCGAAACUGAAAUGAUAACUAACGAACGCAUCGAGUCGAUAGCUGAUGCUAAAAAAGCGGCUCUUAAAUUGAAAGGAAAAGGCUGCAAACGACCAGUCAUCACGCUAGGAAGUCGAGGGGCUGUUUUUUUGCAAGAUGAGAGUGAGGACCCGAUCUACGUGCCAGUUGAUGCGGUGAAAGCUGUCGAUACAACGGGCGCAGGUGACGCGUUUCUCGGGGCGAUGGCAUUUUUCUUGUCUUCGUUUAGCAAUUUAAGUUUCGAAACGGUCGUAAAAUAUUCGUGCGAAGCUGCGCGGUGUUCUGUAUUGAAAGCCGGCACUCAAACGAGUUUUCCUACCGCAAAUGAUUUGCCACGCGUAUUUCAAUCACUGCAAUCAGUUGGCGAGAUUCCUUCUGCGUCGUAGAUCAACGACAUCGAUGUUACUACGUUACGGCUGUUACUUUCCAAUUAGAUAAUUAUUCGCUGUUAAUUGAAAAUUAUACAAUUUCUUUAUUCGCAAA